GUUAUUGGCGGACUUCAGAGACAUUACAUUUAUUGAAUUUUGUGUAAGAGCUGGGUGUUCUGGUGACAGAGCCUCGCUGCAUUACACCGGACCUACGUUACCAACGUUCGCGAGGUAACGUUAGCAUCGUAGCGCCAGGCUCCGGUGCUAACCGGUUAGCCUUGGGUUCGCUCCCGGUGCUAAGCUGCAGCUUGCUUUGGGUGACGCUUUGCGUACUGCUGCAUCGGCAGAUAAGACAACCGCCCGGGAGCUUUGAUAUUUUUGGCUUGCGUGGAAGUAAAUUAUUUGUGAAUAUUAAUACUGCAUAUCUAUGGACACUGAUAACAUGGCAUUUACUUCGUAGACAUGCUAAGAGGAAGGAGAACAAGGGGAUUUAAACCACUUCAGGACGCUGAACAGCACAUCAGACGAAAGGAGGACAAGGACGUUCUAACAUGGAGAUUUAUUAAUGAGACUAAAGGUCGGGGUGUGUUUGCCAAAGGGCAAAUCGAAAAGGGUUCGUUUAUUGUGGAAUACAGAGGGACCCUGACGAGGAAAAACCAUUCAAAUGAAUACAUUUACACCUUCAAACAUCAAGGAAGUUAUUAUUGCAUUGAUGCUUGCAUUGAGGAUGGCUCCCUUGGCAGACUAGUCAACGAUGACCCAAAUCCAAAUGCCAAAAUGAAAAAAAUUGAUGUGGAUGGCGUUCCACACCUCUGUUUGUUUGCAAUAAUGGCCAUCAAAGCAGGCGAAGAAAUCACUUACGACUAUGGAGGGCAUAAUUUGCCAUGGCGUGGACAUGAACAUGAAAAGCCAGUGACCCUCGUGGUUCGAGCUCCUGACCCCGCCCAGAUCAUCGCUGCAUGUGAUCUUCCUGUAGAGACACUCACAGCUACAGUCAAUGCUCUUGAAGAGCUUCCUUCUCCCACUGACCACCCAGAAGAGGGGACUAUUGUUGAUGGUAAUUUGCCUGCCAAGAGGCCAAGAGAACGCAAGACACACAAGUUUGUGCAAGAAGAGAUCUCCUCAUUGGAAAAGUGCUCAGUUUGCUAUGGGCCUUUUGUGCCCCUUAAGUGGACGGGUCUAAGAUGUAGAGAAUGAAUCUGAAUCCAGUGAAGAGGAAUGUUCGGGUGAUGAUUGUGAUCCAGAAUAUGUUCCUGACUCUGAAAUGGAUACAGGAGAUGAUGAACCACCAAUUAGCCUUGCAAGUUCUAAGUUGCCGGUUGCUGAAGAGUCUCAAUUGGAUACCUCGUUGGAGUUAGAUGUUGGAGCCAACACUCAUGUUGAAGAAUCACCUGACAAAACUUCAAACGACAUACAAUGUACCACUUUAAGAAAAGGGCAAAACCUCUGCUUUGUUUGCAAAAAGGCUCAUCACAAGAUAGCUCGGCGUUUCAAAAUCCAUGUCAAGGAGAAUGCUGACAUAGCAAAGGCUGUUAGUCUCCCUGUUGGCUCUGUAAGUAGGAAGCAGUUACUAGAGAAUCUCCAGAACAGAGGAAACUUCAUGCAUAACAUUAACGUCCUGAACAGUGGAAGUGGUUCUCUUAAAGUGAAACGUAAAGCUCGGAAUGAACAUAAAAAAUAUGAAUACUGUAUACAUUGCAAAGGAAUGUUUGUGAGAACAGAGCUAUGGCGACACAUGAGAAGGUGCUCCUCUAAGCCAGAAGACCGGGAAGUGGAAGGGAGAAAAAGAGUGCUUUGCGUGGCAACAUUCAUCAAGUCGGUGUCUUCAGGAACUGUUGGGAAUGGGUUGUUGAAGAUGUUAAGUCGUAUGCAUGAUGAUGAUAUUGCAAGUGUAAUUCGCAAUGACUUUUGCCUUCUUCGCUUUGCGGAGUCCCUUUACAGCAAACAUGGACAUGACCCUUCAAAACAUGACUACAUCCGCCAGAAAAUUUGUCAGCUUGGAAGAUUCCUACAGACAAUGCGCAACAAUUGUCCAGCCUUAACCUUAGAAGAAGCUCUAAAACCAGAAAACUUCUUGAAUGUCAUAGAGGCAGUAAAAGAGACCGCAGGAUUCAGCAUGGAUGAAAACAGUUAUAGAACUCUUGCCCUGAAAAUUGGACAUUCACUCAAAUGUCACAGAGGAUGAGGAUGAGAGUGAGGAUGAGGAAACUAUUGCGGCUGGUGAAUCAUCAUGCAGCGAUGUUCCUGAUGAAAUAAAUGUGGUAAGCAGGCGUCACAUGGUGAGACGAAAGUGGACAAAAACUGAAGUAAGCGCAGUGAUGAGACACUUCAGUGGUCACAUUAGCAAAGGCAACUUGGCGUCCAAGAAAGAAUGUGAGGUCUGUAAAAAAGCACAACAUCCAGCACUGAAGAAAAGAACAAUCCAGAAUAUCAGGGACUGGGUCAGAAACAAGGGCCUCACGUUUAAAAGGCAUUAAAGGGGAUCAUGUUUUUUGUUUCUGUUGUUUGUAAGUUGGUUGUUGGUUGUACAGAAUUUUUUCAAAUGUGAAUUAGUGCUGGUGUUUCUUACUAUAAGUUUAUAUCAAGGUAUUUGUUCAUAAUUUCAAACAUUUUUACGCAGGCAACAAUGCAUGAGUGAUCCAGCGAGAGUGUGUGUGUGUGCAUGCAUGCUCACAUUGAGCUAAGAGAGGGAGCAGAGAGUGUGUGUGCUUGCAUUAGGCAAGUGGUCGAGUGAGCGAGCGAUAACUGUGCGUGCUCGCAUUGAGAGAGAGAGAAGAGUGUGUGCAUGCUCGCAUUGAGUGAGAGAGGACUGUGUGGGUGUGCUCGCAGUGAGUGAGUGAGAGAAAGGAGUGUGCAUGCUCGCAGUGAGUGAGUUUGAGAGGACUGUGUGGUUGUGCGUUCUUGCAUUGAGUGAGAGAGAGAGGAGUGUGUGUGCAUUCUCGCAUUGAGUGAGAGAGAGAAGAGUGUGUGGGUGUGCAUGCUCGCAUUGAUUGAGUGUGAGAGAGAGAGGAGUGGGUGUGCAUGCUCACAUUGAGUGAGUGUGAGAGAGAGAGGAGUGGGUGUGCAUGCUCACAUUGAGUGAGAGAGUGAGAGAGAGGAGGUGGGUGUGCAUGCUCACAUUGAGUGAGUGAGAGAGAGAGAGAGUGUGCGUGCUUGCAUUGAGUGAGAGAGUGAGAGAGGAGUGUGCGUGCUUGCAUUGAGUGAGAGAGGAGUGUCUGUGGGUGUGCGUGCUCGCAUUGAGUGAGUGAGAGAGAGAGAGUGCGUGCUCGCAUUGAGAGAGAGGAGUGUGGGUGUGCGUGCUCGCAUUGAGUGAGUGUGAGAGAGAGAGGAGUGGGUGUGCAUGCUCACAUUGAGUGAGUGAGAGAGAGAGAGAGUGUGCGUGCUCGCAUUGAGAGAGAGGAGUGUGGGUGUGCGUUCUCACAUUAGUGAGAGAGGAGUGUGUGCGUGCUCGCAUUGCACAAGUGGUCGAGUGAGAAAGAGAGCAGUGUACUAGUUUUUGAUAUAAUCAGUUAAACUGUCCAGCACUUUGUCACUUGCACAGAAGUUGCUCAGAUUAUGCAAAUUUGAAUGUUAUGUCAGUUGCAUGAAUUGAUAAAUAAUUAUCAAUAAACAUUUUCAUGUUUUUCA